UGCUUACAUACAAUAAUGUUACAAAUUAUCGAUGAACAAAGUACACCAACGGAUAUAAAAGGAGGAAUCGCGGUCCAAGAUAUCAUUCAAGCUUAUUCCUUUCAACAAUUACUUACACUAACUUUUGAAGUUCCACUUCAUCCAAAAAUCAACAUGCAAUCCGUCGCCGUCUUCCUUGCCGUCGUUGGAGUAGCCGCCGCUGGUGGACUCACCGGUUUCGGUUACCAAACUGGCGUCCAACACGCAGCCAUUGCUCAACCAAUUGCUGUCGCCCAACCAGCUUUGGCUGUUCGAGCGGCUCCUUUGGCCUAUUCCGCACCAGCUUUCGCCGCCCCAGCGUACGCUGCAGGUCCCGCCUACGCCGCCCCAGUCGCCACUUACGCCCACGCUGCCCCCGUCGCUACCUACGCCGCCGCCCCAGUUCUCGCCAAGGCUGUUGUUCCAGCUGCUCAAAGCUUUGCUUACAACAACCGUGCCCCAGCUGCCCGAGUCGCCAUCGCUGCUGCCCCAGUUGCAACUUACGCCCACGCUGCCCCAGUUCUCGCCGCCGGCCCAGUCGCUGCUUAUGGAGCUGGUCCCAUCGGUUACGGCGCACCAGUGUACGGUCAUGCCGGUAGUUUCGGCUAUGGAGCCCCAGCCCUCCGAGCUUUCUAAGUACACAUUGUCCACAAAAUAACACGUUCACAUUUUUGUUACUUUUGAUACCCAAUUGAUUUAGUUGAGCUCAUCAUGCUCUUUACAUCUGGUCUUAUUUAAAUAAAUUCUAAAUUAUUUUCAUCAAAAAA